UGGCAACACUGGUCGAAGGAAGGUGUUUGGAAAUGUUCGAUAUUUUGUGGAAAUUCUGAGACCUGAAUGAAAAGAGCCAUGCUUUAGGGCGUCAAUAAAAGGAUUUCCCAGCACAGCAGCUCCUUGGCAGCGCGUGAAAAUCGAGUCGAGUGAAAAUCGAAUCAGUUGACACAAUCCAAUUAAAUUCGAACUGCGAUUUGCAGGAGAAGAUGUGUCUAUACCACAUAUCUGUGUAUCUGUGUGCGAGGUGGCCUCUGGCUGUGUGCGUGUGGGUGUGAGUGAGUGUUAGUGUGUGGGUGUGUGGGCACACUGGAAAGAAUCAAUAAAGGAUGUGCUGCGGAUUGCUGAGCGAGAAAAAAGGACGAAAAGUGCUUGCCAGAGCGAAUUACAGUUAACUUUUGGCACGAAUAACGGUUUAACAAAGCCCAGCGAGAGAACAUUUCAAAACAAAACGAACGAGUGUGUUAAUUAGCAAAUUAGCGAGUGGGUGGCCGCAGGAUUUUCCACAGGACCCUCCUCCAUAUAUUUUGGAUUCCUGCACAUUGACAAGAUGAUGAUGAGAUACUGCCUGAUAAUUGCAUUGCAGCUGUCGCUGGCAUACUCCGUGGAGGUGCACUUCGAGGCGCCGGACAGCGGCUUCUUCCUGAAGCACGCCCGCCAACCACCUGUGACGCCGGAGAUCGCCAAUGUGCAGACAUCGUCGGCGGUGCCGCCACUCCGCCAAAGAUCCUCCUACGAUUCCGUGCUAUCCCUGGACCGAUUCACCGUGGUGGAGACCACCCAGCCGGUGUCCAUACGCGCCAGCUACGGACCCUUCUCCACCAAGCAGACGGUGCCAGCCCGCUACAUUGUGCCGGACACAAUGGACAGCCAGUCGGGCGAUUACAUGAGCAAUGCCACGCUUCUCGAGCUCCAGCAGCCCAACAUGCACCUGGACAUCUCGGCCCAUUUGGUGCGCUCCAGCGUCUCGCAGGAUGCCCCCGUGCUGCGUGUGCUGUUCCAUGCCGGAGCCGAUCCUGGUGGCCACUUGCAGCGCCAAAAGGUCUGCGUACUGCUGCACGUGGCCAUGGGCUCGGAGCAGCCGCUCAAGGGACGCUGCAUGCCGGAGGGCGAGGACGGUGUGUGCGUGGCCGAGGUGGUGGUCCCACUGGGCUGGUGGCCCCAGCUGCCGGCGCCCACCCAAGAUGGCAGUGGUCAGGCCCCACCCAAGGUGCCGCAGCGCUACGCCCAGGUGUCGUACAGUGUGUUCGAGCCACCGCUGCGGAAUCCCGAGCAAUGUGAGCCCAAGGUGCAGAUCCAACCGCUGACCACGUUCGCCCAGGUGCCACUGCUGGCCGCCAGGACACCCUAUCGCAUGCUGCGCGCCGACGAUGCCGUGACCUUCCUGCUGCCGCAGCAUCCCCUCUAUCCGCUGUCCCGCCUCCAUGUCCCGGUCUUCCUGCAUCAGUAUCCCGACCAGCGGGUGGCCGCCUUCACGGUGCGAGCCCGCGUCAAGGCGGGCCUGCGGAUACUGGGCGCCACCGCCUCCACCGACCAGUGGAGCGUCUCGGUGGAGAAGGAGAACCCCAAGCACACCACCGCCCGCGUGACUGCGUUCCGCAAGGAGGCGGAAUCCAGUAGCCUGGAGAGCACCGGCGGCAACUUCACCAGCGAGGUCUUCGAGGUCUUCUCCUGGCUGCUCGAGGUGGCCGAGGACACCAACGACAUUGUGGACGGCGGCAAGAUCGUGUGGUCCGUGACCCAUGUGUAUGACACGCCCAAGGACAAGGACUCCGGCGAGCUGGUGAUACCCGAUGACAACAAGAAGCGGCUGAUCGCCAAGCUGGAGAUCAACAAGGAUGACAUCCAGGCGGUGCUGCCGAUGGCCAAGAUCUGGGAGGUGAUGAACACGGCGGUGCUGACGGGGCGACAGGUGGCCCAGGCCAUGAAGGUGUUCAUCGUGUCGCAGGCGGGCAAGGUGGCCGAUGUGACGCUCCAGAGCUCCUGCCAUGCCGAGGAUGAGAGUGUGAUCAAGGUUUCCUCCUCCUGCAGCUCCGUUUAUGUGGAUGGUUCCGAGCAGCGCGGCUCCUCCAACGCCUCCGUUAUCGUCAAGUAUGGCACCUAUGUGGGCGUGGCCAAGUUCAUCGUCUGGAUGCCGGAGUUCCCGCUGGAGGUCUACAUAUCCGAUUUCCGUCUCUCCCAGAUCAAGGGAUGGAAAGUAACCGAUGACAAUCACUAUCUACACAACAAGCAAUCGCGACGAAGGAAGAAGAGGUCCUACGUUUGGGGCCAGCAUGGAACCAACUACUAUAAUAAUCUGGGAGCAGACAAGACGAUUUGUCGAGCUCGCUAUCAGCAAAGUCCCGUGGAGGUGUACGCCAAAUUCCUGGCAGUGGAUCAGAACUCUGGACGCACCAGCUACUUUAUCUCAAGGCGAACAGGCCUGAGGGUGACGGAUCUGGUGCAGCCACUGCUCCGAGUGGCCGAUCCCAAGAUUGCCUCGCUCAAGGGUCGCAUCCUGCAGGGCAAGUCGAUGGGUCGCACGGAUGUGCAGGUUUUGUCACCCAUCACGGGUCGCGUUAUCGGCACCAAGGAAAUCCGCGUGGGCAGCGACAAGGUCAACCUCUCCAAGCUCAUCGUGCGCGUCAUUUCGGGGCUGCAGCUCACCAUCAGUCCGGACAACACCAUUGAGAACGGCUACCUGGCGGAGACCUCCGUCACCCACAAACUGACCGCCCAAUAUCAGGAGGGACUGCUCGACAUCGAUCUCGAGUUCUCCGAUGGCUCCAAGACUCCGUUGCGUGACAUUGCCGUGGAGGACUACUUCCUGCUGGUGGAGAGUCUGGACACCGAGGUGGUGGCCUUUGCACCCAUGCUGGCCUCCCACCAUCCGCGCGUCAUUGCCGUGGGCGAGGGCAAUGGCAACCUGCUGCGCGUGACCCUUCUGCUGUCCGAGGAGUGUCGCCAGAGACGCGGCACCUUGAGCAGCACCAAGCAGAACAAAUCGAAUGCAGCGCCGCUGGCCAGUGCGCUGGCCUCCAUCGAGGUGGACUUCAACAAUGUGGAUAUCGUGAGCAAGCAGGAGGCGAUCCAGAACGAUGGCACUGUGGGCAGGGAAAGGAAGAACUACAGGCAGACGGGCGAUCUGGCUGACAUAAUAGUGGGCAUUCCGCUGCGCGACUCCAGUCAGCUAUAUGAACCCACUGUUCAGGCGCGUCAGCAUCGUGGCAGCAUCCAGGCAGUCCACAAGGGUCAUCAUGGCAAGGGCCUUGCCGGCACUGGCAACAUGUCCUCCAUGGAACUGGGCAUGUACGUCCUGCUCACGGCCUUCUGCUUUGCCAUCAUUGUGUUUGUCAUCUCCUGCGUGGUGUACGCCUCCAAGUUCCGGCCAGCGAUGAUCGAAUCCGGCUUGGAUCCGCUGUCGGCGGGCAAGGGCAACGGUUCGGGAGGAUCGGGUGGCUUCCGGGAUGUGCGGCUGAAGGAGUCGACCACCAAUGCCCACGAUUGGGUCUGGCUGGGACGCUCCACCAUCGAUCGCCAGUCCAUUGUGGCCGAGACCAAUACGCAUUUGAACCCACGCGAUUCUCGCAUGCGCAUCACCAGCAAUCCCAUUGUGAACUACGACAAUGGACGACGAGUGAGCUCCUUUGACCAGCAGCCCAAGCUGCAGACGCACAUUGUGCCGGCCUCCAAUCUGAACAAGCAGCACGCCGACCACUAUCUGGCCAACGAACGCAAGGAUAAUGCCUUGGACUACAAGCCGCCAGUGCCGCCGCACAGAAAUGUGGGUGCUCGGGCCUGCCUGCCGGUUCAGCCUCUACCCAGUUCAGGAUCCGUAAAGGAUGCGCCCAACAAGCGUCACAGCCAGCUGUACAAACGUGAGCAUUUGCAGGGCAGCGACAACAAUGCCAACCAACAGCCGCCGGCACAGCAGUUGAAUCAGCAGCAGCAGCAACAACAGCAGCAGCAGCAGCCGCCACCAGAACGUCCGCAUCCGCUGGCCCAUGCACAUGCCCAUCCACACCAGCAUCAACAUCAACAUCAGCAUCAGCGCAGCCACAGCCACAGUCACAAUUUCAGCCAGGAGCCACUCAUUAAGGCGGCGCACAAUAAGAUCAAACAGCAGCAGCAGCAGCAGCAGCACGAGGAGCUGCACAACGCUGAGAAGCUGGUGGAGUACACGAAUCCGCACCAGAAGAACGCCUUUCAGUUCGAUUCGCUGACACCAAAGAGAGUUACCAAAGCAGCAGCAGCCGCAUCCUCGCCGGCAACGCCGUCCACAGCAGCAGUCGUCGUCCAGGGCAAAGCUAAGGAAAACCACAGCAUGGCCAGCAGCACUGGGGAUGCGGCCAACUCGAAUGGAACGGACGAGAUCAUGCGGCUGCCAUCCAGCGCCGUCAGCCAGGAGCCCACCACGAAGUCGUCGCGUGUCAAGCGCGCCACCGUGGUGGGCAAUCCCAUGUUCUCGGCCACCGUGGAUGAGUCCGUCGCCCCCGGCGAGCGUCUUGGACUGGACGAUCUCGACAUGGACUACGAGCAGAUCAUGCACUACUUUGACAACCUAAAGGAGUCAAAUGCCUGAGUACAGGAGAUCAUUGCUAAAAUUCGCGAGAUAUUGUCCACGUUCCAUCACCGAUAUCAGACGGUUGCCACGCCCCUGACCUCGCCCACUCGCAAGCAGAUGCAGCUGCUCGACGAGCUGGUCGCCGGAGUGACAACGGCCACGGGAAUCACGGCACUCAAACCAACACCACUGGCCCUGGCCGAUGAAGAUGCUAAGGAUGAGGAUGAGGAUAAGAACGUGGACGUGGAUGAGGAUGAGGAUGAGGAAGCUGCCGAAGCAUUCGAUGCCUACGAUGGAGCGUUGGACAUCGAGAGCAGGCAGUUCUAGACCGUCAACCUGGCACAGAUCUAAACGCAAUUCUAGCAAUAACCCCCAGUACUCUAUGCAAAAAGAAAAAGAAAGAUGAACACCUUUAGGCCGCUGCUCCACCCACUCCAAAAAACCAAUCCUUGCUGAGAUCAAGGAAUCGGAUAUCCGGCAUGUUGUAGGCAAGGAAAGGGAUACAAGUCGAAGGAGAAACAUAUUUAUUGCUAGGCUAAGUUCAUAUUAAUGCAUACACCUAUAGGCAUAUGUAAUCGUGGAGAUAAUCCAAAAGUAUCUCGAGGAGCGCGUGCCUGACACAAUCGGAAUCGACGGGCAACCAUAUAUAGUAUACAACUAUCUAUAUCUCUGUAACUGUAACUGUAACUGUAACGGUAUCUGUAUCUGUAUCAGUAUCUGCAUAAGUACUAUGGUGUUAGUUAAGGAUCAGCCAUCUAAAGCAUAGCUUAGUCCAUAUACAUUUUUUUCCAUUCUCUUCGCUUCACACACACAUAAACACACACACACACGCAUGUCCCAUCCGUCUGAUUCGAUGCUUCGAUACUUAUCUAUAUAUUCAAACGAUCUCGGCCCGAUCUUGCAUAUCCUAUAUCUUCUCUCUGUUGUAUCUGUGUGACUGACUGUCUGUCUUUUGUGUGUGUGUGUGUGAGUGCGAUAGAGUGUACGUGAAUGUGAGGGAGAUAGCGACAGAGAGAAAUAGAGAAAAAAAAAGAGGAGAGUUUCCAAAAUGUGCCGGGCACCGCUCCCAAAAGUCGCUAGAAAUAAAAAACUGAAUAAUAUAUAUACAUGCCAUAUACAAAUAUAUAUAAAUAUAUAUAUAUAUAUUUAUGAUUAUAUAGCGCGCUCUUAAAUUUAAAGAAAAUCGAAAAGAUAAUCCAAAAUGCUACAUUAUCUAACGGAAAACCGGUAACUUGAACAGAAUACGUCGCUUUAUAAGUUGGUAAUUGAAGCCUAAUACCUAAAAUAAUACCAAUCAUAAAUCUAAACUAGAAAAGAAGAGAUAAGAAACGAAACGAAACGAAACAAAAAGAAACACACAAAAACACAACACAAAUAAUAUAUAGACGCUUAUGAGCUUUAUUUGAUCGAUUGCAUUGAAAUGGAAGCUAAAAGCAGAACAAAACCCCAAAAAAACGUAUCGAACCGAACCGAAUCACAAAAUAGUAAAGGGGGAAAAUGUGUAACCAAAUAUUAUAUGAUAUUACCGAGCGAUCCAAGCUUUAUAUAACAAAUUUACCAUAUUUAUAGCAUAUGUGCGUAUUUAUUAUCAUUAUUAUUAUUACGAUUACGAUUACGAUUAUUAUUAUCUUGUCUUAUGAUUAUUAUCAUUAUUGUAUUUAUUACCAACAAGGAAAGGAACAAGUGCAAAAUUACUUCAAAUUCAAAAGCCAUACUUUGAAUAGCGAAAUUAGACACACACAGACCAACACUGUAUAACACGCAAGAAUAAAUCAAAUGCCGCCAGGAUACAGGAUACGCCAAGUCCUUCCCCGCCUAAAAUGGCCAAUAUACCCGUAUCUAUAUAGAGAUAUACUACGAUAUAUAUUCAUUUGUAUAUAUAUAUCCAUUCACUUGCGCGCUCUCUUUCUAAGCCGAUCAACACGUAUCUAUGUAUCUGCAUCUGUAUCUGCAUGUAACUGCAUCUGUUCGUUUUCCUUAUCGAUAUACGGUACGAUAUAUAUGAAUAUAUAUAUAUAUAUAUAUAUAAAUAUAUAUCAUAGCACCCAAACGCUACUUCAUUCCAUUAGCAAAUCAUACUUGUAGCCACUAAUCGCGUAUUUUGUCUUCUUUCGUUCUUGUGUAAGUCUGUUUACUUUCGUUUGUAAGAUCUGUAACCACAUCCAUAUCUACGCAUAAGUGUCACAUCCGAUUAGUUUAUAUUUUAGAGGCCAUCUAAGUAUUAUGUUCGUUUCUCACAUUGUUUCAUAAUCAUAUGUUGUAAAUUGUUCCGUCCAAAAAAAGAAAUGAAAAACAAAAACAAAAGCAAAAGCAAAAAACAAAGCUGAAUGAAACGAUAAACAAAAGCAAAGCAAAGCAAAGAAAACAAAGCAAACAAAUGUAAAACGAAAUUAAGCAAUCUAUAACUGAUGAUUUUUUUUUUGUAAAGCUGAAAGAAACGCACGAAAAAGCAUUGUUUGUAAACUAAAUUUGUAGUCCUUGAAAAAAAAUGAAGACUUUUGAACAUUUAUUGCACUGUAUACUGUACAUAACGUGUUGAGAGUGCAGUGCGUUUCGCAGCUAUAAGGCAUCGAAAAGUCUCCGCAAUAUGAUACAAUUUUGUCUAAUAUCAAAAGCUUAACUAAAUUCCGAAAUAUCAAAAGAUUUUGCCUAAGAACUAUAGUUAUAGAUAAUGAAUGACUGGCCUUUUAGCUCGCAAACGCACUGUACAUAUUAUAUUGAACUUAAACUUGAGUUGCUCGCUAUCGAUCUAAGGACUGCAAAAUUACACGCAUACACAAAGAAGAACACAUCACAAUCCUAACUGAUUUCGACCUGUAAUAUCAUUAGCAUCUAUAGCAUAGAACUAGAUUCAAUUGUUUGCCCCGCCUGGCUUUCUUUGUGCCCCCCCCUUAUAUUAUACUAUUAUAUAACAUAUCCCCGAUCCUAGUCCGCACAACACAAUAUAUACACACACACACACACUCUCAGUCGAACUGCACUGCCAUUGGUGAAAGUGAAAGUGAAAGUGAGAUUUAGGCCUAUUGAAGCUUCCAGCAUUUACCAGUGCCAUAUGUAUAACUUUAUAAAACUUUACCCACGCGCCCCAAAAGUACGGUGAUCAAUCGAAUCCAGCGAUUGAUUUCGGCUAGCAUCGAGCUUAGCACAAGCUUCCUUCCGAGCCUGCUUGUUAGACAGACAGUGAAAGAGUAAACGAGUAAAAGAGUAAAAGAGUAAUACCAACAGCCUCCCUCCAUUAUAAACUUAGUCUUAGCUGAUCUACAACUCAAAAUAUGGAGUGCCGGAGAACGUAGCAAAAUUUCGAUGGCGUAAGGCAAAAAAAAAAAAUAAAAGAACACAAUUUUAAACCUAGACAAAUGCUUGGCUUCAAUUCGCGGAUCGGUUUAAUCCUUCUUGUAUGUGUUUGACGAUUCCAAUGCAAAGACUUUUAUAUACCUUUUUUAACUUAAUAUAUACAAAAUCAUAUAUAUAUUAUUGUUUAGCAUGUUUCGACCGUAAUUUUAGUCGAAAUUUAGAUGUUCUCUAGUCAGUUCAAAGCGUUUUUUUUGGCGUUUUGUCACCCUCACCAUACAAACACACACACACACAAACAUACACACCCUCACACUCAUAGUUUUAUAUAGUCAAGGCAAGCUUUUACCGCCCCCUGCCACGCCCCCAGCGCCCCCUUAAACCUAAGCUGUAUGUAAUAUGUAUGUAAUAUCGAACCACAACACAACAACAACAGCAACAAAAUGAAAAACAAGAAAAAAAAUUGCACUUAAAAUAUGAAAAAUGAUUAAAAAUGUAACGAGAAACUUCUGAUUUUUUUGUCUGUCGAACCCAUUGAUUGAAACUUGAAAAAUCAUCGAUUUAUAUAGUUAAUAAAUAAUACUACCUAAUAUCGUGGCAAGAAAAAAGGCGCCGGCUAAGUGUAAUGCAAACAAAAAUUAUACAUAUUUAAUAUUAUCGAAAAAUUAUACAAAAGCAAAAAAGAAAAAUGAAAAUCACAAAAGUUGUUUAUGCUGCUUUUUGCAAAAAUGGAAAUAAAAAUAAUAAAAAAACAAAGAAAACCGAAAACUAGGCUAUACUUAAAUAUACAUGCAAAUUAAAUACGUAUAUGUUUAAAUUGAAUAUAUAUGAGUGUGUACGCUUGGCACAAAAAGUAAACCAAAACCAUAAACAACCCAAAAAAAAAAAACACAAAAACAACAAAACUAAUUACGCUAAGGAGCUAAAAUUACGUGAAAUUGGAAAAGUACUAUAUGAACAUAAUGUUUUGCCAUGUAAGUUCUAUGAAUGUCCCACCUGCCUGAUGUCCCCGCUUCGAGAUAAUGCCUAGAUGCCCCGCCCCCCGCCCCUACAAAAAACGCCCGCUAAUUUGCACCAACCCCCCCAAAAAGCAAAAAAAUACUUCAAGCGAUAUAUAUAUAGUAAUUAUAUAUAUCGAUCGAUCCGCCGCAUAAUUGUUAACAUUUGUAUCGGUUAUUAAACGUAGUUGUUGUGUAUGUAUGUAUGUAAGUAUGUAAAUGUGUGCUUACCCCCCAGAAGAUAACGAUUAACGGUAAAGAUAAUGACGUCGGAGCAGAUAAUACUCAAUUUUCUUGUUGUUAUUGGCAGCGCAUGUCUUUUAAGAGCUAGUGAUAUAUGAUUUAUCCCCCCUUCCUCAAAAAAAACAUGUUUUUUUUUUAAGCAAGCAAAACACACACACACACACACACUCAGAGUGAUCUCCACAAAAUGCUUAUAUUACUAUAUAGUAUAAUACACAACCAUAUAUAAACAGCGUAUAAAGAUUAUAAAACAAAAAAAUAUAUUAUAUAUAUAUAUAUAAAUCAAAUCAUACCAAUUGUAUAACACUUUCGAGCAAUGGAAUCCAAUCCCCUUUCAUCAUAUAGAAAAAAAAAGAUCUAAGAGAAGUACUAUACACUUUUGCUUGCACCUCAGUUCCAUCAAUCAGUUAAAGCUGAUCCUUCCGAUCGUUAGGACCUUAUAUAUCCUUGUUUCCCAUCCAACCCAGAGCAACCAAAACGAGAAGAAACGAAACGAAUCGCGAAACGAAAUGAAAUGAAUUGAAUUGAAAUUUAAUGUUGCCAUGUAAAACACUUUAGUAGUUUAUUAUUAUUAUUAUUAUUACUAUGAUUAUUACAAUAUUAUUAAGCGAAGAACACAUUUUGUUUAAGCGAAAGAAGGCAAACAAAGAAGCAAACAAAAAUAUUAUAAAUAUUCAAAAAUGAAAACUGACAAAAUUAAUUUAAAUAAAAUAAUUUAUUAAUAAACCACAUAUUAUGAAAUGAAA